AUGAAACCUCCGAUAGAGGAAGAAACAAUUGACCAAACGACUGAUCUGCAUGAUGAGAACUGUGAUGUACUGUACCGUUACCCGUGUGUCCUGCCGGCCCCCUCUGAAUUGAACACCUGGUCCAUCCAUGUCUUCGCAGUCCUCCAAGUGUUGAGACUUUACCGACUGAUUUACUGGUAUAUUCCUCGUCCAGCUGAGGGCUCUCCAGAUAUUGACAGAUGGUCGGGGUCCUCCAAGCAAGUCCGCACAUGGUUGGCUUGGAAUAUGCACAGCUUGUUGGUCCAGACGAUUGAUUGUAUUCAUGGCCGAACCAUCUUUGCCGACGAAUUUUUCGACGCUGCCAUAAGAAUCUUUGAUGGACGGGGGGUUAAUAGACUUUCUAUGCAACCCCAUUACGAUGUCGAUGAUAUGAUUGCUGCUUUGAUCCGCGUCACCCACUGCAACCGGGCCGGCUGGCCUGAUGCGAAGUCAUUCGACUACCGCCUGAUGGAGUACUACUAUCAUACCAAGGGAAUGCAGAUGGAAAUUCCGCCGUUUGUACCGCUCUCCGUCCUGCUCCAGGAUUUGAAGGACGAGUUCGUCGAUCUUAUCCAGGCAAAGCUCGAUGUAGUACAGCAGCUCCCUAACGCAGCCCGAAACUCACCAACAGUGACUUCGUAG